AUGGCCAACUUGUUGCCACUGGUAGCAGCGCUCCCGAAUCUCCGUAUCAUGCCCCUCGGAGAUUCUAUCACUAAAGGGAGUGGCUCCAAUGGUAUUGUUGGUUACCGAGGCCCCCUCCGUCGCAAACUCCUGAGCCAAGGCAAGGAUGAUGGAAUUACGGUCGACAUGAUUGGCAGUCUUACAGACGGCAAUAUGCCUGACAAUAACCACGAGGGCCAUAGUGGAAGGUACCUGGACGAGAUCAACACGUACUGGAAACUAUCCAUCAAAGCUCGCCCCAACUUGGUUCUUAUCCAUGCCGGUAUAAACAACAUGGAUAAGAACCGUGACCUUGAUAUUGCCCUCGAUAUCUACCGGAAUAUGAUCGACGGCAUCUUUACUGAAGCCCCAGAGGUCACUAUCCUUGUUGCUCCUGUCAUCUGGGCCAACAAGCCGGCUAUGCAAGUCAACAGCGACAACUUCAACCCGCAGCUCGAGGCCCUGAUCAAGUUGAGGCAGCAGCAAGGAAAGCGUAUCCUCCCUGUGCCUAUUGAUAUCGGCCCUGGUGACCUUUGGGAUGAGAAGCACCCUAACGAUAAGGGCUACGAGAAGAUAGCUAAUGCUUGGCUUAAUGCUAUCCUGGAAGCCGACUCUCGCGGAUAUUUGGAAAAGCCC